AUGCUCAUUGUCGUAUUUGUCGGACUGGGCAUCCUUACCGUAAUCCUCGUUCUUCUACGCCGCCGUCAUCGCCGCCGUCAAGAUGUUGCAAACGCCCCCUUCAACUCGGGCAUCACCCGCCAUUCGAUACCCGCCCUCUCCGUCACACCUCCCACAAUUGGCAAAGCAUCCAGCAAUCAAGCCAGCAGGACGAGUCUACCAAGAGUCCGAGAAAAGGAUAGAAUGACCGUCACCGAUGUGCCAGUCCCUCCGUUGCCUGCGUCCCAUAAUUUUGCGACAAAAGAAAGAGGUAACACUCCGGACAUUGAGUACGGACGUGCGAGAUGA